AUGUUUAAAAUAUACCACAUUUUACUUAUAUUAAUAGCUUCGAGUUCAUUAUUAUUUUUACAAUUCCAAUUUAUUCAUUGUGAAACUAAUAAUCAAUCACCUGCUAUUGAACAAAUAACAAUGAUGAAUUGUUCAUUAGUGAAAUGUGAAAAAAUUAAUUGUAAACAAUUCGAAGUGGAAAUUAAAAAAUCAAAUUCUUGUUGUCCAACAUGUAUUAAUUGUUCACCUUACAAAUGUCCAAAUUCUUGUCCAAAGAACUACAUUCUUGUAAAAAAUGAUAAUCAAUGCUGUCCAGUUUGCCAACAUAUUUUAUUUUAA